AUGUAUUUUCUCUUCCUUCAUAUACCCCUCUCUCACUCUCUCAUUCACUCUCUCUCUCUCUCUCUCUCACUUUCUCUAUCUCUCUUUCAUUCUUUCUCUCACUUUUUAGACAUUCACUCUGACGAAAGCAAAUAUAAGUAUGUCUUUAUAUCUCUGUUGCAAGGUGUUAGAGUUGCUGUCUUUUCGGUUUUCUGUGCGCUUGUGAGCGUGUUACAGUUUAUUUGUGCGAAAACCAUAGAUAAGAAACCCGCCAUUUACAUCACCAGACCUCAUCCUUCUAUUCCUCCUGCUCCUACUACUCCUUCUGCCGAUUUGCCUCGUUUUCGUGUUCCUGUUUCAAAGCGACCGCUUGUUUUCAUAUUUUGGGUUUUAGUGUUUUUAUUUUUCUUAGACUCGCAAUGUCCCAUCUAUUUUUUUCUUUUCGUCUUUAUGCCCGAUUCUUUGAACUUGUUUUGUGUCUAA